AUGGUUAAGCAAAACUACUCCGUGGUAACUGAGUUCAUUCUGCUGGGACUCACAGACCGAGAAGACCUGCAGCCUGUCCUGUUUGUGGUCUUCUUAGUCAUCUACCUUAUCACCGUAACUGGGAAUGUGACCAUGAUUUUCUUAAUCAGCAGUGACUCAAAACUGCACACCCCGAUGUACUUCUUCCUCAGCCACCUCGCCUUUGUAGAUCUCUGUUACGCCACCAAUGUCACCCCUCAGAUGCUGGUGAAUUUCCUAUCCGAGAAAAAAACCAUUUCCUUCAUUGGUUGCUUUAUCCAGUUCCACUUUUUCAUUGCACUGGUGAUCACAGAUUAUUAUAUGCUCACAGUGAUGGCUUAUGACCGCUACGUGGCCAUCUGCCAGCCCUUGCUCUACGGCAGCAAGAUGUCCAGAUGUGUGUGUGUCUCUCUUGUCGCUGCUCCUUACCUCUAUGGUUUUGCAAAUGGCUUGGCACAAACCAUCCUGAUGCUCCGUCUGACCUUCUGUGGACCCAAUGAGAUCAAUCACUUCUACUGUGCUGACCCCCCGCUCAUGGUCCUCGCCUGCUCAGACACGUAUGUCAAAGAAACCGCCAUGUUUGUGGUGGCCGGGUCCAACCUCACCUGCUCUCUCAGCAUCAUCCUGGUGUCCUAUGUGUUCAUCUUCGCGGCCAUCCUGCGCAUGCGCUCUGCCGAGGGCAGGCGCAAGGCCUUCUCCACCUGCGGGUCUCAUCUGACGGCUGUCACCGUCUUUUAUGGGACACUGUUCUGCAUGUAUCUGAGGCCCCCUUCUGAGGCAUCUGUGGAACAGGGUAAAAUUGUAGCUGUGUUUUAUAUCUUUGUGAGUCCAAUGCUAAACCCUCUGAUCUACAGCUUGAGGAACAAAGAUGUGAAAAGAGCAAUACGAAAAGUUAUCCACAAGGAGUGGUUGGCUAAGUAA